AUGGAGGUCGCCCUCCCCCGCUUUGGGAACAUCCCGAACUCAGAUAUUCCUCCAGAUACAGGGGAAGGGGCUGCUCCAAACCCCCCCCCCCCCCAAAUGAGAAACCCCCGGCAACUCGCAGACAAAACGAGAUAUUGCCGCUUCCAUCGACAGAAUGGGCAUGAUAUGGAAGAGUGUCGUGAGCUGAAGCGACAGAUCGAGGAGCUAAUUCAAAGGGGGCAUCUUGGCCACUACAUACGACAAAAUAAAGAGCUUUCGCCGCGACCCGAGGGCCCCGUCGAAAGGCAGAUUGAUGUGAUCACGGGCGGCCCUGCGUUCGGGGGAAAUAGUAUGAUUGGGCGGAAAGCGUACGCCCACGUCCCAACACCCGAAGACCUUAGACGCAGGCCCGCACCCGAGGUCACGUUUCUAGCUGAGAGAGCCGAACUGCCCGAACAUGAUGACGCGCUGGUGGUGGCCGCCAGAAUCGCCAACGCACGAGUAAAAAGGAUCAUGGUCGACACCGGGAGUUCAGCCGACAUCCUUUAUCUGGACGCAUUCCAGAAGCUCGGGCUAUCCCACGACGCCCUGGUGCCUAUGAGCUCGGCGCUCACCGGGUUCAUCGGCGAAUCAAUUUUGCCAUUAGGCGCUACCGUCCUGCCCUUGACCCUCGGGGAAGCACCGAGGACGAAGACGAUAAUGACAACCUUCUUGGUGGUUGACCUCCCUACUGCAUACAAUGCGAUCCUAGGACGCCCCACCCUCAACAAGUUCAGAGCAGUCAUCUCUACCUACCACUGGAUAGUGAAGUUCCCGACCCGCGCGGGGGUCGGAGAGGCCAAGGGAAACCCCCGCUAG